CAUGACUAUUGAUUAAGAUUAUUUGACACCUACAGCGUUACCUAGUUAAUCAAUGGGAAAGCAUGCGUUGCCAACCCUAGUCGCCAGGGACCUUUCAGGCCCUCACCUAAUCUGAACGACUCCCGUUUGGAAUACUGCAUAAGCGAAGCCGGCCCACCCCAUAAGCACAUAUAUCCAAGACCUGCAGAAAGUAUGCCUUCACCGGUGCAUGAGUACUUGACAAACGUGCUUUCGCAACGGGGGCCUACUGCGGUGCCUUACAAUGAAGACGUGAAAUGGAAUAUUAGAGACCAUUUGACAGAAUUGCAAAAGGUUUUUCCUACGUUGGCGACCAAGCUCAGCGAGUAUCAUGGCAACGACGGGAGACAGCUCAAUGUCCUCAAGGUGGAAGGGACCAUACCAAUUCACUACCAGGGCGCCAAGUACAACAUCCCCAUCGUCAUGUGGCUUCUGGAGCGAUAUCCCUUCAACCCCCCACAAAUCUUCGUGGUACCGACAUCAAACAUGAUCAUCCGAGCGGGGAACUUUGUCAACCCCAGCGGCGAGGUGUCCACACCGCUCCUCCGGGAGUGGCUCUUCCCCAGCAGCAACCUCGUGGAUGUCGUGUUGGAGAUGUCGCAGGUCUUUGGCAGCGAGCCUCCGCUGUACACGCGGCCAGCCGGCUACAGCUCGCCCUCAGCCGCACAUACCCCAGCAGUCACGCUUCCGCCACCAAACUACCCGCUCCCACAAGGACUCGCAACCGGCUCCGGCCGCGGCGCACCUGCACCUCCAGCCUCAGCCACCAGCAACGGCUACGCCCAGUCGCACUAUCCAACCGUCCAGGGAGCCAGCAGCAGCCUUACCCCCUACGCGACUCCCUCCGUCGGCAACACCCCCAACUCCACACCUGGUCACGUCCCAGGCCCCGGUCCCGGAG